AUUUUAGUUGAAUGACCAGUGACACAUGACCGAGAACUCAAACAGAGAGACUGAUUUUGCUCUUGGUCUAAAAAACAGCAGAUUUAUUUGUGUAUCUACCAGCUUGAGGUUACACCCCCUGGCUUUAGAUAUAACCUCUCAUAGUACAUUUACAACUAAUACUACUAAACUUUGAAAUAGCUGUAAUUUAAAAAAAAACGUUGUAUUGAUCAUUCUGUAUCUAUUGUUUGCGGGACAGUUACUACUGCUGGACUCGCUGGACUGUCGGACUGCAGUAUCAACAUAUUGGAGUUUCAUUUUAGGGGAAACCAGUGCAUUUUCUGCCAAGUCCUCUCUGCCAGUGGUGCGGGACCUGAUCAAUCACUUUGACACUUCUAUUACCAUCUAUCACUUUUACCUCUGCCUCAAGUUGUUGUUCGUUUAGAGGAGUCGCUGUCACACACCAUGCCAGCGAACCAGGCCUUCGUCACCCUGGCCACCACAGACAGCUACUGCAUGGGGGCUCUGGUGGUAGGACAGUGUUUACGACGACACAGGACCACACGGCAGACUGUUGUGAUGGUCUCCACUAAUGUCUCUAGCCAGGCACGGGCUGCCCUGGGCCAUGUGUUUGACCAGGUCCUGGUAGUGGAUGUGCUGGACAGUGGAGACCAAGCACAUCUAUCCUGGCUGGGACGACCAGAACUGGGGGUCACUUUCACCAAGCUCCACUGUUGGACCCUCACCCAAUACAGCAAAUGUGUGUUCCUGGAUGCAGACACACUCGUGUUGUGUAACGUGGACGAGCUGUUUGAGCGUGAGGAGCUGUCUGCGGCCCCUGACCCUGGCUGGCCGGACUGUUUUAACUCAGGGGUGUUUGUGUUCCGGCCCUCUCUGAUCACACACGGCAGGCUGUUGGAGCAUGCACGACAACACGGCAGCUUCGACGGUGGGGACCAGGGCCUCUUGAACACAUUUUUCAGUGACUGGGCUGUUAGAGAUAUCAGUAAACACCUGCCUUUUGUGUACAACCUCAGUGCCAUCGCAGUCUACACCUAUUUGCCUGCUUAUCAAGAAUAUGGUCACAAUGCUAAGAUUGUCCACUUCCUGGGUUCGGUCAAGCCAUGGAAUCUACGUUCUAACUCACAGACCAAUCAGCACACCAACAGCCACCUGGAAGAGUUUGUUUACCAGUGGUGGAUGGAGUACUCCUACUUACAUCACCUUAUAAAGACAAUGUCCCAUCAAGAACCUGCUGUGCCAAGCCAACAUGCUGGGCCAAAGCAACAUAGCCAGGGAAGAGAAGAAGAGAAGCCAAAGGGGAGAGAAGAAGAGAAGCCAAAGGGGAGAGAAGAAGAGAAGCCAAAGGGGAGAGAAGAAGAGAAGCCAAAGGGGAGAGAAGAAGAGAAGCCAAAGGGGAGAGAAGAAGAGAAGCCAAAGGGGAGAGAAGAAGAGAAGCCAAAGGGGAGAGAAGAAGAGAAGCCAAAGGGGAGAGAAGAAGAGAAGCCAAAGGCGAGAGAAGAAGAGAAGCCAAAGGGGAGAGAAGAAGAGAAGCCAAAGGCGAGAGAAGAAGAGAAGCCAAAGGCGAGAGAAGAAGAGAAGCCAAAGGCGAGAGAAAAAGAUGAGCCAAAGGCAAGAGAAGAAGAGAAGUCAAAGGCGAGAGAAGAAGAUAAGCCAAAGGGGAGAGAAGCAACAGUGUCGUUGAUAGAGGACCUCACAGAAUCAUUACUCCGAAAAGUCAAUCUGCUCACAGAGGAGAGGAAGAAGAGGCUUGAUUCACCCACGCAGCCAGGAGAAAUGCGUACCCAACGUCAGGGUGUAUCCACGGGGAAGGAGGGAGGAGCUGGAACAGCCAACCAGGACCCACCUGGACCCAGUGAGGAAGGGUCAGAGGUCACUGAAACGGCCUUCAACCCCAUGGAGGAUCCUGCCACUGAACCUACUGCUGCCAAGACAGAGGAGGAUGAUCUGGAGCAGCGGAGGCUGUGGGAGGAGGGCCAGGCGGACUACCUGGGCAAAGACGCCUUCGACAACAUCCAGAAAAAACUGGACCGAUUCUUAUAUUUGUAGCUUGUUUCGUGUGGCAAGAUACUGUAGCAAUAGUACUGUAUACUCAUGUUCAUGUUGAAGUGUGUUAUGUCUCUAGCGUCGACCACCACUCUAAUAGGGGUUUCGGUGUCCCUUUGCUGUAAAAAAAUAUAUAUAUAUAUAAACUUGAUUCCAAUUUCAUUUAAAAAAAUGUGCUCAUAGAAUUCAUGUUGAGAUGCAUUCCUUAUUUUGAUGUUAUGCUGGAUAUAUCUGGAAGAUUUUAAAUGGUCUCUAUGUUGCCACUAGAGGGCACUGUGGCUUUUAAAAUAAAGCACUUUUCCUGGUCAAAGAUAAAGUCACACUCAACUCCAACAGCCCUAUAGGGGUCAUGAUAGUCUUGUGUAGACUACGGCAACUAGGGAAAGAAGAAGUAAUAUUGGCCUCAGGGAUCCUAUUCAUACAUGUUGUUGGAGCAAUAUCCAUCUAUAGGCUUGUACACCACUAUUGUCCUAGGAGAGAAUGGUAGCCCUCACUGUGAGGGUCUGGAAAGGGCUGUGUAGACCUACCAAGGCUAAGGAGAUACAUUUGGAGAACAGCAGCAGCCUUAUGUAACUUAAGGCUGCACUUAAAUGGACUAAUCAGCCACACCUUUAUAUCAGGCAAGUGGAGUCAUCUGGCUGUAUUCUCUACCAGUUAUUCAAUAGCAUUGACAUCACAAUAACCCUCCUAAAGGAGUCUAUUUGCUUUGACAAUCGCUUUCAUUUGACACCCAGAUGUUUUCUCUGAAUUCCAUAGCUUCGCUGUCAGGUACAUUAACUGUGCUAUCCACCUAGCCAGGUUGAAGAUCUAGCAAACUGCAUUGCGCUGUUAAAAACAGGAGCUUCAGGCAAUAGUUUAGGAGGGUGGAGGCGUGAGGAGAGAAAAAUACAGUAUAUUUCAGUUAGUUUCCUUUUGUUUACUCCCCCUUAAAUGUGUUUCAGUGCUAGACACUGCGUCCCGAAUGGGACCCUAUUCCCUAUAUAGUGCACUACUUCUACUGGUUCUGGUCAAAAGUAGUGCACUAUAUAUGGAAUAGAGUGACAUUUGGGAUGUAUACACUGAUGCCUCACAGGAAGAAACGUAGGUAAUCAUCUCGGAUCUUUCAGACGAUGGGGGGGACAAGGUAUUCUUUUCGUUGUCUGAUAUUCACCCAAAAAGAAAGUCCUCCAAGCUGGCUGCUUUUAGUAAUAAAGCAUUAAUAACAUUUCGAGGACAAUCACAGGCCAAGAGGAGGCGUACUGUAUUUAUAUGUGUGUGUGUGUCCUUGAUUACAUUGAAAUGAAAUGUGAUAAGUGCCAUGAACCCCUAUAAGCACCUCCAUAUGUUUUUGGUUAACGUUGAAGCUGACAUUGAGCCUAACCUCAGAGGUGGCGUCCGAAAUGGCACCCUACCCCCUUAAGAGUGCACUACUUUUGACCAGAGCAGGGCUCUGGUCAAAAGUAGUGCACGACAUAGAGAAUAGGGUGCCAUUUGGGACACAAACCAGACUGUGACUGUGUGGCAGUGUUUGCAUGACUGUUUGGAUUUUAGCUUGCAAUGCAAAUUUGGUCCGCUAAUUUGGUCUGUGGUUUGACCGAUGGGGUAUGAUUCUAUUAGUGCACAAUCCCUCCCAUAAGGCUAAUUGAGAAUGGAUUGCAGAAGUAAUCAUAUUCAGAUGACGAGAGAGACCACAGGAAGCAGAUCUAAGAAUGGUUGUAUGCCAAAGGUUAAGGGAAUUAUAUGGAUUUUGUCAUGUAUGUUUUCAGACAGGGACCAGACACAAAAUUGUCUGAGGCAAUAUCGACAAUGAUAUACUAACUAUAGUACAGUCAAUCACCACAAAGCAAAAAUCAUAAGAAACUAUAAUGACUACAUGUUGCAAUUAGCAUGUUGCAGUCUCUCAAUACAGACUGUUGAGAUGACCAGCAUAAACGGCACGUUUGAUUCUGGGUCCCCGAGAUUUUGUAGCAAUAAAUACAACAACACUUGACUUAAUGCUGGAGAAGACUAUUGUAUGGUACUGUAAUGCUUGUCAUCAAAAAAAAUAAAAACACAAAAAGUGUC